AUGGAGUCGCAAUCUAAUGGUGGAGUCCGCCCGUCCACCGCCCCCAUCCGAGGGCGCCCACAGCUGUCAUGUACACCAUGUAAACGCAGAAAACUCAAAUGCGACAGGGCCAGGCCUUGCGACAAUUGUGUCAAACGCCGUGAAGCAGAUACUUGUGUCUAUCCCACCAAUGGAUCCGCCGCUCGCGACCAGACGCGCGAGUCUAAGAAGACAAAGAAGCGCAUUGAGCGACUCGAGUCUCUUGUUAUGGAACUUUUGGAUAGGGGCGCUUUGAAUCCUGAAGCUCUAUCAGACGGUCCAUCGACGAACAGCGAGGCUGAUAGCCAAGGGCAUUAUCACAUCCCUCAACACCACUCAGAGAACGACCAUGAGACAGAUAGUUCCCCUGCUCAUGGAGAGGUUCCUCCUGUGCGCCGGGUGUCAAACCUGGCCGCUAGUAGUUCAUCGCAUUCACUAUGGGAAACCGUCCUUCAGGAUAUUGGGGAAAUCAAGAUGUAUUUUGAAGAGCAUGAACACGAAUUUGAGAAACAACUGGGAAAGGUCGAGGAUGCGAGGAAUCCUUCAGCAGAGCCAUACUUACUCGAAGGCAGCCCCGGUCAAUGGGAUAUCGACACAUUCGCCCACGAUCUGCCUCCGCGUCCCGUUGUCGAUCUGCUGGUUGCAAACUACUUUGGCGCAUCUAGCCUCAUUAGACCGAUUCUCCAUCCGAAGAAAUUCCUCCGGCAGUAUGAUAAAUUCUGGCAAGAUCAAUACAGCGUCUCAAAGGCAUGGCUGGGCACCUUAUUUGUCAUCUUGAGAACAGCGGUACAUACAGCCCGAGAGGCCGGCAUUGAUCUCUCAGCUACUCUCGGAGACAUGGAGGAAGCCCAAACACUGUUCCGCAUGCGUACCAAGCAAAUACUAAUCACCGAGUUACAUGCUAACCCGACAAUUGAGAGACUUACCCUGCUGUCAUUGCAUCUUGAUGCCGAAUUCAUUCAGUGUCAAGAUACAAGCACGGCCGUCUGGAUCAAUGUGGCUACUGCAGUACGCAUGGCAAUGAAACUAGGUCUCCACCGCGAACCUUCUUUUGAUAGCAAGCUUUCAGUCUUUGAGUGCGAAAUGCGCCGACGUCUAUGGCUGGCGACCUUACAGACUGAUGUGCUUAUAUCAUGGCAAGUGGGACUACCAAGUAUGAUUCCUACGGGUCAAUGCGAUACGAUGCUUCCGAAGAAUCUUCACGAGGACGAUUUCGAUGAAGACUCCAUUGCCCUUCCACAGGCACGACCAUGGAACGAAAUGACUAAAAUAUCUCCUUUCCUCGUCAAGGCGCCACUUCUCAAAGUCUUCACAAAGAUCGCCUCGCAUAUACAGGAUAUUCACCCAAGGGAUUCGGACAUUCCAGUUCUAGAGCGCGAGCUUAUCGCGGCUAGAAACUCGCUGCCUCCCAUGUUCAAAGUUAAGUCCCUGCAGGAGUCUCUCCUGGACCACCCGGCCAUGAUUAUCCGGCGCCUGUCAAUCGACCAGACACUACACAGCGGUCUAUGUGUUCUCCAUCGGCGACUCCUACCACUUGCCCGUUCCAACCCGCAAUUCAGUCAUUCCAGACAGGCAGCUAUCGACGCAGCACUGAUUCUGCUCAGCUAUCAAGCUCUCAGCCAUUUCGAAAGCGGUCCAACCGGCCGCCUGGCUGGCCACAAAUGGCUCGCAACAUCCAUCAUCCGCCACGAUUACCUCCUCGCCGCGAUGUUGAUAUGUCUAGACCUGCGUCAGGGUAUGGACGGCACUACACACCCUGCGUCCAGCGAUAUUACCCUCUGGGGCCGUGACCGAAGAGAAGAAAUGGUCACCGCAUUAGAGACAUCGUACCAUGUCUGGCGUGCAUCGAAGGAUACCUCCAUCGACGCGUUCCGUGCAAGUGAGGCUGUUGCCGUUAUGCUUCAUAAGAUCAGGAGUUCAGAGAGCACGGUGCAGAGCUCGGAGACUACAGUUUCGUCAAUUCCAUCCGUGGAAUCACUCGAAAUCUCACCAAAGCCCGAGAUCUCACCAGAACAAUUCGUACCCUCGCAAAUGGAUCCAUAUAGUCUGACACUCCCAUUCUCGGAAAUUGUCGCUUCCCCGGGUGCAAUCGAUUGGGUCGAAUUCGAUCGCUACGUUCUAGGCGGCAACAUCCCCAUGAACGGCAACAUGUAG